AUGGCUCCCAUCAGUGAUCAGCACGAGAACACGACGUUACCAUUCCUAACAACGAAAAAACCUCUCGACUGCUCCGGAAACGACAGUGGAAAAAAUGAAUGUUGGUCGAACUGGCUAAACAUUGGAGUUCCCAUUUUGAUGAGUGUCACUUUCGUUCUCGUUCUCCUAAUUAUGUUCGUCUGCUGGCCGAAACACGACAUCAAAUCAGCAAACCCUGACCUUGAGGCUAAUGGGGACACUAAGAAGCUAGCUGAUACUUUUAAAGAAGAUAACCAUAACGGUGAGACAUUAGAGGAAGAAACUACCAUUGCACAGCUCUAA